GCUGCGACGUCCAGUUGAACGUCUGACAAAGGACACAAGAGACGAGCAGGAUGUCUUUGGGGGACAUGAUAUCCAAGUUCAACGCUCAGGCGAACGCCCACCAACAGUCCCAGAGCCUCAACCCUUUCUCGGGCGGGUUCAGCAGGUCACCCUCACCUCGCCCAUCCAAAGAGGAGUACGGAAAGCCCGUCGCCGGCUCGAAGACCGAAGAAAGGGGCAUCAGGGCGAAGAGCCACGUCUGCCGAGAGAUACUGGAACUUUGCGAGUGCAUUUACGACGUCGGCACUUACAACAACCAGGUGCGGAAGAAGGAUGAGGGCGAGGACUACGUCGACGACGGGACAAUCAUCGUCUCCUUCGGCGAACUGUUUGAGAUUUACACCAGGAUCAAUGACAAAGUGGUCGGCCUCCUCAUUGCGGCAAAAAAGAAGGGUUUCGUCUAUUUCGAGAAGGAGAUCCUCUUCCAGAGGAGAGACGACGACGUCCUCAUAGCCCUCAUCAAGCCGAUCGAAGAGAUCAGGGCCAUCCUGAAAGAGGCGAUGAACCCGUCACCGUCCCCGGUCCCUCAGCACGACGAAGACACCAAGGAACAGACGCUGAGUUAGCAGAUCAAUCGUCUAUUUUU